GAAAACCCGACAGUCGCGGCCUCAGGGCCGUCGGGCCGUGGACAAGUUUCUAAACCUUUUCGAACCUCCAAAUAUUUAUCACAAAAUGGAGAUGAGAAUUUGAUGAAUGAAGUUACCAACCCAAAGUCCAGACGCUUGUAUAAUGGCAGUGUGGAGACUCAGUGCAGUUAUUUUGAUCUGCAAUCCUGUGUUUCUUUCUGUGUGUGGUAGUGCUACUUGGGUUUCCUGUUUUUCUUCAGUAGAAGCCUUUGGGCAAUUUCAAUGUCCACUGAGACCAGAUGACUGAUAUUCUCCAGCAUCACUUCUCUGAACAGUUGUCUCUGGAAUGUGUCUAGCAAUGCCCACUCUUCCUGGGUGAAGUCUACAGCUACAUCUUUGAAGGAUAUUAACUCCUAUCACAGAAAUUUGUGUUCACACAAGCCCAUCCUUAACAAAGUCGUGAGUGUGAUGCUCAAAAUGACAGCACUGAGGAAGCAGAGACUGUACAUAUAAAGCUGAAAAACUGUGGUUGCAUUGUUAAUAGCUCAGUGGACAACUGUCUUCCUUUGGAUUUUCACUCACAACCAGACAGGCAGUAGCAGGCUGUGUCACACCAGUUGAAUGCCGUGACUGAAGACAUGUACACCAAUGGGUCUGCUGCCCCGGGUAGCCCUGCCCAGGCCAAGGGGCAGGAGGUGCGGAAAGUGCGACUCAUACAGUUUGAGAAGGUCACAGAGGAGCCCAUGGGAAUCACUCUGAAGCUCAAUGAAAAACAGUCAUGUACGGUGGCCAGAAUUCUUCAUGGGGGCAUGAUUCAUAGACAAGGCUCCCUUCACGUGGGGGAUGAGAUCCUAGAAAUCAAUGGCACAAAUGUGACUAAUCACUCAGUAGAUCAGCUACAGAAGGCGAUGAAAGAAACCAAAGGAAUGAUUUCAUUGAAAGUAAUUCCCAACCAGCAAAAUCGUCUUCCUGCACUACAGAUGUUCAUGAGAGCGCAGUUUGACUAUGAUCCCAGAAAGGACAAUCUGAUCCCUUGCAAAGAGGCAGGACUGAAGUUUGUUACUGGGGACAUUAUCCAGAUCAUCAACAAGGAUGACAGCAACUGGUGGCAAGGACGGGUAGAAGGCUCCUCCAAGGAGUCAGCAGGGCUGAUUCCUUCCCCUGAGCUGCAGGAAUGGCGAGUGGCGAGUGUGGCUCAGUCUGCUCCGAGUGAAGCCCCGAGCUGUAGUCCCUUUGGAAAGAAGAAGAAAUACAAAGACAAGUAUCUGGCAAAGCACAGCUCCAUUUUUGACCAAUUGGAUGUUGUCUCCUAUGAGGAAGUUGUUCGGCUCCCUGCGUUCAAGAGGAAGACCCUGGUGCUGAUAGGGGCCAGUGGGGUGGGCCGCAGCCACAUUAAGAAUGCCCUGCUCAGCCAGAAUCCAGAGAAGUUUGUGUACCCCACCCCAUAUACAACCCGGCCCCCAAAGAAGAACGAGGAAGAUGGAAAGGAGUACCGCUUUAUCUCAACUGAGGAGAUGACAAAGAGUAUCUCUGCCAAUGAGUUCUUGGAGUUUGGCAGCUACCAGGGCAACAUGUUUGGCACCAAAUUUGAAACAGUGCACCAGAUUCAUAAGCAGGACAAAAUUGCCAUCCUUGACAUUGAGCCCCAGACCCUGAAGGUUGUUCGGACAGCAGAACUUUCACCUUUCAUUGUGUUCAUUGCACCUACUGACCAGGGCACUCAGACGGAAGCCCUACAGCAGCUGCAGAAGGACUCAGAGGCCAUCCGCAGCCAGUAUGCACACUACUUUGACCUCUCACUUGUCAAUAAUGGUGUUGAUGAAACCCUCAAGAAAUUGCAAGAAGCCUUUGACCAGGCGUGCAGUUCCCCACAGUGGGUGCCUGUCUCCUGGGUUUACUAAGUAUGCAGAGUGGGGUAAACCCCUGUACAUCUGUGAUCUGUACAUGGUCACACUGCUCUCCUGCCUUUGGGACUUGUUUCCUUUGCUGUAAGGCAAACAGGGUUGCUCCCACUAGUGUAUGUCGGCUUCCAGCUUGGCAACUACCUUAAUCUUCUUCAGGCUCCUGAAGGGCUGGGGUUUGGUUUUCUUGAUAGGUGAGAUUGGUCUGGAUUUCAAAAGGAUCUCUUGGGAAAUUGGGGGUCAAAGAUUAUGCACAAAGUGGGGAAAAGUGAUGAACCCUGUCCGUCUAAAGCCUGUGCUCCUUCACCUUCAACUACACUGGGCAUUUCAUUUGUCUUUUUACUUUGGAGAAAGCAUUUUUAACUGCAACUUUCUAAAAUGGCAAAGUGCAACAGCUGUGCAAUAGGAUGAUGCCUGUUAUCGGGAAACCCUCAAAAGCAAUAAAAAAUGUUGCUGUUAAAAUGCUAA